CUAAGCCAACUAGCUUAAGUCACUUGCUCAAUACAUUUUAUCAGUCUCUCUGUAAAAAAAAGAAACACAAUGCCAAGAACCAUGUGGAAAGACUUCCAUCUUUGUUUCCCAACAAAUCUCAUCAAGCCCUCCUCCGAGGCCGCCGCCUCCUCCCAAGAACCGAACCGGCCAUCCAUUCUUCUCAUCAACAACUUCAACCAACUUUACGACGAUUCCACAGCCACCGGCCACCGCAUAUCUAAGCCUAUUAUUGAAAUCAUUCCACCUUCCUCCAUUACAACCGCCACGACAUUCACUGCCUCCACCUCCACCUCAACCACCGGUAACUCUUCCUCCUCCUCCUCCUUGUAUGAGUCUGAUAAUUACGGUUUUGCCCCUGAAGACUCUCCCACUUUGGACUUAACCGCAGUUCUUGCCUCACGUCGCUUCUUCUUCUCUUCCCCUGGCCGCUCCAACUCAAUCACCGAUUCUCCGGAUCUCCGUCCCCGGUUUGAAUACAAAACUUCCACUACUACUACUGCUGCUACUACGCUUCUAACCGGGGGAGCCGCCGUGAAACAAUGCGUGCAAUCUCCUGAUCCUUACAACGACUUCCGCAGAUCAAUGCAAGAGAUGCUUGACGCCGUUACAGACGCAGGAGAUGCUCGCCGUUACGAGUUCUUGCACGAGCUGUUACUUAGUUACCUCUCAUUGAAUGCAGAAGAUACACAUAAGUUCAUCAUCAGAGCUUUCGCCGACGUUCUCGUAUCUCUCUUAUCUGACGGUCACCGGACUAAUUGACGUGGCAAAUCCUCAUGCUGCGUAAAAAAAUAGGGGAUUAGCGCUUUAGGUUUAAAAAAUAGGUAUAUCAAAUGUAAUAAUUGUAUAAUGAUACGAGAAAAUCGAGAGAGGCGUGAGGUUUUGUCUCGAUCGCAUGCAGUUAGAUUGCUUUUUAUUUUGUUUUGUUUUUACCUUCUUAAAUAAAUGGUAAAAUUUGAUU